AUGGUACAAAGUACUCCCCUGUAUUGGGGUCCUGUCUCCGAUGUUUCCUCCGACCUAUCUAACCAAAAUCUCUCGAUUUUGCGCAUUCCCUUAGCCCCUUCCAGACCUGCAACUACGGUAGAGCGGAUCAGUCAGAUACUACUAGAUCGUGAAGAAGGAAGAUGGUCAAAUAUGCUGUCAAAAGCGUUAGACGAUCUUCCGAUGUUCGUAGGAACAGGCAUGGUGUGUCUACCAAUUUCCUUGGGGGUGCGACUCCUCGGCUCAGAACUGGGGAAAAUUACCAGAACAAUCGCAAGUGUAUUCCGAAGUAAUAUGAAUACUAUCAUGUUUUCCAGCAAGUAUCCAUCGCCACGGACAGGCGAUCCUAGACAACCACAAGGUCAAAUAUCGCAGGCAAUGCAAUGCAUCAAAAACGUGAUAAGAGGGCCAGGUCAACCCGCCGAUGCAGAAGCGAGAUGCCGGCACUAG